AUGGCAUCCCGUUGUUUACAGCGGCUCGCCUAUGCAACCACUAUUCUGUCAUACGACUUCUCUAUUGAAUACAUAAAUACUGACAGCUUUGGAUAUGCCGAUAUUAUUUCUCGACUAAUCGCAAACCAUGUAAAACCUGAUGAAGAUACCGUCAUAGCAUCUAUUCAAUUAGAAGAAGACGAGGACCUCAAAAUCAAUUGUUUUACGGUAGAAACAGCCACCAAACUUCCAAUCACUUUCACUACAAUUCAAACAGCAACCAAAGCCUACCAUACUCUCAAUAAGGUCACGUUCUACAGCCAAAAUGACUGCUGGCCUCAAAAGAAAAAACAAAUCACAGAUAAUGAAGUAGCGGCCUUUUUCCAGCAUCGACAUCAUCUUACGAUCCAACAACAGAGUAUUUUCUUUGGUGAGAGAAUUGUUAUUCCCAAAAUUUACCACCAGCAAGUCCUUGAAGAUCUCCAUAAUGGACAUCCAGGUGAAUGUCGUAUGAAAUUUCUUGCUGCUACCAAAGUUUUUUGGCCAAACAUUAAUCUUGAUAUCAAACAUGUGGUCAAAACUUGUGACACAUGCGCUAUAGCCUCAAAAAGUCCAAUGAAAUGUACUCCUCAACAGUGGAAAAUUCCUUCUGCACCAUGGAAACGAAUUCAUAUUGACUAUGCUGGUCCAAUCGAUAGCAAUUACUUCCUUGUUAUCAUAGACGCUUUUAGCAAAUGA